AUAUGAAAGGAGGCCGAGGUUCCUCAGGAGCUCAGUGAUCUGGAGGAGGGAGGACUGGACCUGAACAAGACCUUCAGACCCAUCAGCUCCUACAUGCAGGACCGCGAGGAGAUGCUGGAGCAGUGCUUCCAUGUGCUGGGAGAGAAUAAACUCCUAAAGAUGCUUCCGGAGGAACUGAAGGACUGUUCGCUCGCGGAGAUCAAGAAGCUGUGCUGGGAUCAGAUGCAGCAGCUCUCGGAGAUUCAUCUGCUGCAGAUUCUGGAGGGUAAAGAGUUAUCAGCCGCACCUGAAGAGAAGAACUUCACUGACAGCCAGCAGGACAGUAACGUGGACUCCACUUCGUCUCUGAGAGAAGAUCCUGAAGCAGAAGAAAAGCAAGGUAAAGAACUCAGUAUAGAUGCAGACUGUUGUUUCUGAGUGUUUUAAUGAGUG